AUGUACUCAAGUCUGACGUGUGCUUUCUCCGGUGCUUUCCUUAUCUCUGGAGGCAUGUCGAUGGCAGUUUGGAUCUUCAUUCGCGCUCUCUCGAUGCAUCUUCAGAUCUGCUGGGACGUCACGCCAGGACAGAAAUUCUUCUACUGGGCGCAAGGUCUGGGCUGGUCAGUUGCGGCCACUUUCUUCACCAUCACUAUCACGAUCACUGGAGUCUCGUUCAGAUUCGGUGACGUCUGCCACGUCAAUGCCGAGCACUCAAUGAAGGACUUUUGGGGUCCCUUGUUGGCCAUUGCAGGUGCAGCUAUGGUCAUCCAGGUCGCAACCUUCGUAUACUGUAUCAAGGUGUAUCUUCAGAACAUGUUCAGCGACGACAAGACCGAAACACAAAGCAGCGCUGGCCUCCCCUCUUACACGACCAGCAUACGGAACCGAUCUGCACGAGCUGUUUACCGGCGUGUUCGCAAAGUCCUAUACCUGCAGUGGCGCGGCAUAACGAUCGUGGUCUUCAUCCUCGUGGACGUCAUCUUCUUCUCUAUCGUUUUUAUCUGGCUGAACUCCGUAACAUCGCACGCCACUGAGGACCUCGACAAAUUCCUUCCGUAUGUCUUUUGUCUGGUAACACACGCCGAAGAAGGCCCAGAGCCAUGUUACGCACUCGGCCAAUCCCUCGCUGUCGACCAAUCUACAGUGACAGCAAUCUUGAUGAUGCUGUCCAUUGCCGGUCUUCAAGUGUUCUUCCUGCUUAGCCGAUGGAGCAUGGUGGUCGGCUGGCGAGAUUUGAUCAGAAGCAAGUUCAGUAAGAACCGCGAAUUCGUAUCCUUGGACGCCAGGAAUCCCCAGGAAGAUGUACGCCAUUUCGAAAUGAAGAACUUCGAGCCGAAAUCGACAGCAGAUGCAUACUAUGGUACUCCUGGACUCGCUAGCUACGCUAUGGGAAACGAGCGAUCGGACACCCCGGAUCAUUUCCACAAAGAAACUCAGCGCGACUAUAAGAGCCCGACACUCAGCUUUUCGACUCCAAGACCCCAAUCACGGGCGGCUACCCAUGUCGACUGGGAUCCUAGAUCAUCCAUGGCAAGAGGAGGACUCGGACUGCAUCCUCCAGACUACGAAUCUAAGAUCUGA